GGUUUUGGAAGUAUUCCUUCCCACCCCUUCAAUGAAGCCAGAGAGUUACUUGAUGGCGACAGGUUUGUGGCUGUCUACAGACUUUCCAGCUGACAUGGCGUAAUAUGUUAUGGGAAGUUAAUAAGACUGAACAAGUUGAGAAAAACAAGAUGGAUGCAAAUAGAAUGGAAGACUCUUUUGAUCUUCUGAAAUGCAAUGAGGCUCUGUCCUCAUCACCUGGCUGCCCCCCUACUCCCAUGGAGUAUGAUGACCUGCCAGAGCUGCAGGAGGUAGAGGAGAACCAGUCCUCUCUGGGGCUGUUCCAUGUGGGAACUGGGGUGUCACAUCAGGACUGUAUAGCUGGUUACCCUCACACCAAUUGGCUGACUGAGCUAGCUAACAUCGCCACCAGCCCUCAGAGCCCCCUACUGCAGGAGCCUCCUCCCAUCAAGAGGUCGUCUCCUAUGCACAUCUUUGCCACCAGUCGUAGUUUACAUUCUUACGCCCGACCUCCCCUGGCUAGCAGUGCACCCAGCCCCUCUAGGGGUCACCUUAGGGAGCGCAGCAGACGUGUCAGAGCCAGCAGUGAGUCAGAGUCUGGUGUGUUCUCUAUGUCAUCCUUCUCUGAUGAUGAGGACAUGGGUUGGUCUAACUCCUGGCCCUCAACUGCCUGGCACUGUUUCCUGAAAGGCACCCGGUUGCGGUUCCACAGGGGUUCUAACAAGGAGUGGCAAGAGGCUGAGGACCUGGGAGACUCUGACGACGAGUCAGAUGAUGAUGAGAGAAUAAUGCCGUCCACUGCCCGAAAGAGCUACGGUUCGGAAGGUCUGAAGCUAGUGGCCCACGAGGAGAACGUGUCGUACGGCCAGGCUGUCCUCAAACUCACCUUUGACCCCGGCUCGCCAGAAGAUGGCCUCUUAACGGCAGAGUGCAGAUUUGAUCACCCCUUCUUUGUGAAAAACAAAGGCUGGUCCUCAUUCUAUCCCAGCCUGACGGUGGUGCAGCACGGUAUCCCCUGCUAUGAGAUGCAGGUGGGGGACCUAUGUCUUCCUCCAGGCCACAGAGACUCCAUAAACUGUGACGACUCGGUUGUCUUCGACACCUUCAGGAGUUAUGACUUCACCCCUCUGGACUCUUCAGCUGUCUAUGUGCUGAGCAGCAUGGCCAGGCAGCGUAGGACCUCCCAGUCCAGCAGUGGCGCUGUCUCCCCUGACCCAGAGAAACUCUCCAGUUCCUUCCACCCCUCCUCCACCAGCAAAUCAAACAGGAACAAUACCUCAGGGACAGCCCCUGGCGGGGCCACACACACCAAAUGCAAGCGGCCAAUGAACGCCUUCAUGCUCUUCGCUAAGAAGUACCGGUUGGAGUACACACAGAUGUACCCUGGGAAGGAUAACAGAGCCAUCAGUGUAAUCCUGGGUGAUAAGUGGAAGAAGAUGAAGAACGAGGAGAGGAGGAUGUACACCAUGGAGGCCAAGGCUCUGGCUGACGAGCAGAAGAGACUCAACCCUGACUGCUGGAAACGCAAGAGAACCAACUCAGCCCAAUUUCUGUCCUGGACAUAAGGUCCUGAGCGAGAUUCAAACCCUCUGGUUUAAACCAACACGGGGUCCCAGCACCAAUAGAUGGCCUGGUGAACAGACCGACCUGGUGAACAGACCGACCAGGCGACCCCACUAGCCUCUCUAGCCUGGUCCCAGAUCUGUUUGUGCUGUAUAGCCAACUAUGGUCGUUGGACCAUAAGACAGCACAAACAGACCUGGAACCAGGCUACUCUCUCUCUGCUCACCUGUCAAAUUGACGAGACAUAACUGUGAUGCUGAAUACACUUGCUUUUAUAACUAAGAGACCUUAUAGAUAGGCCUACAAGAUAAAAACGACAACUAUGAACUAUAUAUUAAAAAGCAGGUCAUCUAGUGUAACUAACCGUGCUUAUAUUUUCUUACAUUUUAAAAUGACAAGAGAUGCCUUGUUAUUCUUCUAUAAAAAAAAGGAAAGGCUCAGUUUUAUUUCUUCAGGUAAUUUCAUAUUUCGAGGCAUGAAACCUUGAGAUCAGGGUUGCAACAUUCUGAUAACUUUCCAAAGAUUCCCCAGGUUUUCCAGAAAUUCAGGUUGAAAGACUCCCAGAAUCAGGAGGGUAGAAGCAAGAAAUCCAGAAUCCUCCAACCAGGAAUUCUGGAAAACUUGAGAAUUUUGGUAGAGUUACUGGAAAUUGAGAAUCCUACUUGAGACCCAGUGGUGCUAAGUUCGGUUAAGGAAGGAGGAGCAGUGAUACAAACGUUAUAUUUUUAAUUGUAAAAUAAAUAAGGGGGAUUUUAAAUAGCUUUGGUAACACUUUAUUUUAAGGGUCCAUAAUAAAGCAUUUAUAAGGCAUUUACAAACCACUUGCUCAUAAUUUAUUAAUCAUUAAUCAUGCAGGAAUGUCUACCAAUGGCAUGUCACUCAAAAUAUUUAUAAAAUAUUCAUAAAGUAUAAAUAGUGCUCACUUUAGGGACUGCAAAAAUACUUUACUAAUUAUUAGUAAAUGGUUUAUAAAUGUGGGCGUAAUGAUUAAUAAAUGGUGACCACACAAUUUAUAAAUGCCUUAUUAAAUGGUUUAAUACAGAACCUUACAAUGGUGUUUUUUCUCUUCUCAGCUGUAGUUCAUAUUGACUUAUAUUUGUACAACUCAAUAUAUUGCACAGAUUGAUAAAGCCUUUCAUGCAUUGUAUCAUACAGUACAUGACCAAAAGUAUGUGGACACCUGCUCGUCGAACAUCUCAUUCCAAAAUCAUGGGCAUUAAUAUGGAGUUGGUCCUCCUUUGCUGAUAUAACAGCCUCUACUCUUCUGGGAACGCUUUCCACUUGAUGUUGGAACAUUGCUGCCGGGCCAAUUUUUUUUAUUUAACCUUUAUUUAACUACGCAAGUCAGUUAAGAACAAAUUCUUAUUUACAAUGAUGGCCUACACCGGCCAAACCCGGACGAAGCUGGACCAAUUGUGUGCCUUGCCUAGUCUCGCAUUGUCUUGUUUUGAUCUCUGUUUUUUGUUUAUUAUUAUUAUUACUCUCAGAAGGACCAAUCAAAAGCGUCUGUUGGAGACACAGGUAGAGUGGCGAAGGAGCUGAUCCCCCUUAACUCCUUAUAAGGAACCACUUUCCUGGCCUCUGGUCAUUCUCAAGCAGGCUUCUCCUCGCACUCUUGUGAGCAGUGAAAUGCUGUGAUACAUCUCACUUAUAUCAGAGAACCAGGGUUACGAAAGUAACCUUAAGUUCUCUUUCAAAUACUAAUUUCAAUGUAUCACAUACUCUAUGGUGAUAUGGCCAACUCUCGUAUCGCAAACAUGCUCACCGAAGCCAGGGUAGUCCCAACAUCAGCAACCCUCAGAGGCUCCGAAGCUGAGGAAGUGCGCAUGCAAGAAGUUGCAGAAACAAGUUGUUGGGAAAACUUCAUAACAAAGUGAGGGGAAGCCCAAAACAUGGUGCGCAAAUCUCAGUUUAAUGAGAUAUGUCUCUUUCGAGGGUGGUAACCAAAUGAUUGAAAGCAUUACACCCUUGCCUGAGCCUUCGUUCAAUCCAAGUAGAUGUGCAAUGCGUGUACUGGACAACAACAGGAACGCCCUUAUAGGCUCCAAGGUGCGACAAAAAUAAAUUGUCGACCUGGACCAAAGGAUUGGGUUAGCUAUAGGGUUAGCCUGAAAAACCCUGGGGCAGAAUGCGGGUGUGAACAGUGGCUGGUAGAGCACUGUCCACACACUCACUUUAGGGACGCCAAAAGCAAAAGAUGGAGGAAUAUUGCUUCUCAGCGGCUAGUAGCUGCUGUGAAAGAAUCUUAAGCACAAUAGACAUGUCCCAGGUUGAGUAACCUCAUCCCUAGGCUAUUGCGCAUGGUGCAAUAUAAGCCUUGGAUAUCAACGAUUCAAAGUUGGCCUUAGUGGGAGUGACCAUAGAAUUUUAUGUGAGUGACCUACUGAGUAAUGUAUUUGUCAUCAUUUAAUUUUGGAGAAUCACAUGACUGCAAAGAGUGGGGAGGGUUAAGGGGAAGGUGUUGUGGGUGACGAUUGGUUGGUAGAUUAAGUCGAUUAAGCCAAUGCCUAUGCAAUGGGAGUUUCUCCCGUUCUUUCUGUAUUGGCUAACGAAGGCCAACAAGUUUGACGCAUUGGUCCACCAGACCUUCUCUCUGUCCAAAAAAGUCCUGCGAGGAGCAUAAGACCAUGGAACACAGUGUAGGACGAAACGAUCUGUUUAGUCAUACCACUUCUGUAAAACAGAGAGCAUGCGGUUAGGAGGUUGGCCCUCUUUUUCAAGAGUCGAAGACCUGCAUUUCUUUCCUUAAAAUUUAAAAAAAAUAUUUUUAAAAUUAUGUCACCAGCUAUGCCCCGAGAGAGUAGAGAAUUGCUUUGUUUGCUAGGGUAUAAACCCUGCAUGCGCCAAUAGCUGCCAGGACUGGUUGUGAGUAGGGUAUAACUGCUGCCCGAAAGUCACUGGCCAUCGAGGGGCUCGAAGAUGAGGGUUGAGGUCCUAUUCCCUUGCUCUGUGUAGACGGAAAAGGGAGGGUAGGUAACAUAGUUGAAAAAGCAUACGGCAUCCCUCUAUUUCAUUGGUUUAUCAGCUCUCCCGCCCCAAAUGGCGUGGUCACCGUUUUUGGGAUGGGGUCUCCCAUGGCCCUCACAGGGUCUUCACUUCUAUCAGGGUGCAGCAAGUCAGUCCGGAUAGAUGUGGGAAGUGGGCUCUCUCUAGACAGAGCAGGCAAUGUAUCUGAAGGAAGAAGUAUUCAAAAUCCUGUAUUCAUAAAAAACAAAUCCUGUAUUCACUGAGAAGUAGAAAAGCAAUUGACACAAAGCAAAAACCUUUCGUUCAGUACUCAACCUCUCAACAGGGUCUGAAGAGCUACGCUCAGCAAAAAUAUCCUACACGGUUCGCUUCAGAGCAAAUAAGCAGGAAACAGGGCUCCAGUCAUGCUGAGAUCUAGAGAGCAAUAGUCCUCACGAGGAAGAUGAACGAGAAUGACCAUAGGCUUGGAGAGUGGCUCCUUAUAAGAAGAUGAGGGGCUCACCUCAUUUUCCACUCUGUCUCCAACAUAUGAUUUCUAUUGGCCCUUCCAAGAGUAUUGGUGAUCCUAGCGAAUCCCCAUAUGUGAUACAUCGAAAUGAGUAUUUGAAGGAGAACCCUUAUGUUAUUGUUCCAUUGCAAAACAUUUUGAAAGGUUUCCUUCCAUGCUCUAAUGAACAUAACUCAGAUACCAUGUUUCCUGAUUCACACUGUAGGGUCGAACCAAACUAUUAUGGCUUGGAUAUUUUAUUUUCACAUUGUGCUUUCUAGCAUGGUUUCAGGAACUGUGAUAGAUGUAUAACCAGGCCUCUCAGUACAGCUCGGCUAGACUUGGCUUAGCCCUUUAGUGUGAAUCAGGCAUCUAGUUGUUAAACCAGCUGGUCGUGUGCCGAUGAUGAUGUAUGUUUCUACACAUGGAUGUUUUGCACACUCUUCCAAACAGCACUUCAGGCCCAAGCCUUCACUUUUAGUGUUUUAAUUUCUUUUUGCACUUUAUAUACAGUACAUAUGUAAUCUUAUACAGUACAACCAAUUAAAUGUAUGCUAGUGAAAGCUACUGGUAACUGCCAAAAUAAAGGAAACAUGUGAGUAAUGAGGGAUACAAAGUAUAUCGAAAGCAGGUGCUUCCACACAUAUGUGGUUCCUGAGCAAUUAAAACAUCACAUCAUGCUAAGGGUAAUGUAUAAAAAUGCCCAGUUGCCCAUUAUUUUGAAAUAGGGGUUUAAAGGGUGUGUGUGUGUGUGUAUUUGUAUUUAUCAUGGAUCCCUAUUAGCUACUCUUCCUGGGGUCCAGCAAAAUUAAGGCAGUUUAUACCAUUUUUAAAACAUUACAAUACAUUUACAGAUUUCACAACAUACUGUGUGCCCUCAGGCCCCUACUCCACCACUACCACAUAUCUACAGUACUAAAUCUAUGUGUAUGUGUAGUGCUUAUGUUAUCGUGUGUGUCUGUAUGCGCCAAUGUUUGUGUUGCAUCACAGUCCCCGCUGUUCCAUAAGGUGUUUUUUUAAUAUGUUUUUUUUAAAUCAAAUUUUACUGCUGGCAUGAGUUACUUGAUGUGGAAAGGAGUUCCAUGUAGUCAUGACUCUAUGUAGUACUGUGUGCCUCCCAUAGUCUGUUCUGGACUUGGGGACUGUGAAGAGACCUCUUGUGGCAUGUAUUGUGGGGUAUGCAUGGGUAUCCAAGCUGUGUGACAGUAGUUUAGACAGACAGCUCGGUGCAUUCAACAUGUCAAUACCUCUCAUAAAUAAAAGUAGUGAUGAAGUCAAUCUCUCCUACUUUCAGCCACGAGAGAUUGACAUGCAUAUUAUUAAUAUUAGCUCUCUGUGUACAUCCAAGGGCCAGCCGUGCUGCUCUGUUCUGAGCCAAUUGCAAAUUUCCAAAGUCCUUUUUUGUGGCACCUGACCAUAUGACUGAACAGUAGUCAAGGUGUGACAAAACUAGGGCCUGUAGGACCUGCCUUGAUGAUAGUGUUGUUAAGAAGGCAGAGCAGCAAUUUAUUAUGGACAGACUUCUCCCCAUCUUAGCUACUGUUGUAUCAAUAUGUUUUAACCAUGACAGUUUACAAUCUAGGGUUACUCCAAGCAGUUCAGUCAUCUCAACUUGCUCAAGUUCCACAUGAUUUAUUACAAUAUUUAGUUGAGGUUUAGGGUUUAGUGAGAGUUUUGUUCCAAAAACAAUGCUUUCAGUUGUAGAUAUAUUUAGGGCUAACUUAUUCCUUGCCACCCACUCUGAAACUAACUGCAGCUCUUUGUUGAGUGUUAAGUCAUCUGCAUACAUAGGCACUCUGGCUUUACUCAAAGUCAGUGGCAUGUCGCUAGCAAAAAUUUAAAAAGCAAGGGUCCUAAACAGCUACCCUGGGGAAUUCCUGAUUCUAACUGGAUUAUAUUUGAGAGGCAUCCAUUAAAGAACACCCGCUGUGUUCUGUUAGAGAAGUAACUCUUUUCCCACAUUAUAAAGCCAUAACACAUAAGUUUUUCCAGCAGCAGACUAUGAUUGAUAAUGUCAAAAGCUGCACUGAAGUCUAACAAGACAGCCCCCACAAUCAUUUUAGAUUUCAAACCAAGCUUCAGGGGAGUCGUCUGAAGGUAAACCAGUAUCGGCCUGUAAAAAAAAUAGGUUGUAAAAAGUUUGGUCCCAAAUAACAUGACGAAACAUAGGUUUAAAAUGUAUUUAUUUAUUGGAGUUUUCUCCUCUCAGAUAUAGAUACCUUAUUCCUUAUGAUUUAUUUUUGGACUGAAAUCUAGAGGCUUGAUGUUGGUGUUUCCUUUAUUUGGCAGUUACAUGUGUAUAAAAUGACAUACGAUAUAUCUUCAAGAGAUCUAUCAGUUUUUACAUUGACACAAACAUGGCCAAACUGUAUACAGUAGGUCUAGCCUGAGUGCCAGUCUGUUUUGUGCUCUAUGGCAUGACAAUGAAUGACAAGGAGUUGGCAGUACAGCAUAAAAAGACUGGCACCCAGGCUAGUACAGGUCAUGUGAUGUUUUGCUUGCAGGUUGCCAUGGCGUUGAAUUUAUACAGCUUUGUUGUUGAUAAUGUACAGGUCCACGCCCCACCAAACUCAAAAUAUCCUUGUACUAUAUUUUAAAUAAAAGUUUAAACUUGCAAUCUUA